AUGACUCGGACCUUAAAUCAACUUGAUAAACUUAUUGCAUCUCCAAUAAGAAAUAAGGAAGGCAAAGAAGAAUCAGUUAUGGCGGAAGCGUUGAUGAAUGUUAGUUCCACUAAGGAGGGAGGUUCGGUUACCUUCCCGCAUGAAAGGAAACAAGCUGUGCAAAGGAUUCCUGGAACUUCGACAUUACCUUAUCCUGGUUCGCCUAAUAAAACUCGCCAUAGUGUUUUCUCUAUUAAAACGAUAUGGCCAUCUGAUAUUGAACGAAGAAUGGAAACUAGCAAAUUGUAUAAUUUUAAGAAUCGGCAAGGACGGAAGUUACUUGAAAAAACAUUACUUACUGAAUCAGAUUCGGAAUCGGGUGGUGAAACAACGUUUGGUAUGCACGAAAUACGAAUAUUGAUGAAGAUGCAUCGUCGUCGACGAAAAAUUCAAAAAUGCUAUCCAACUGAUUAUACGAAUUCUCAAUAUGCAUACAUUGGAACAGGUGUUUUUAGCGUUUACGAUCGGUUUCCUGAACAUCAAGCAUCUAUUUUGAAGCAGAAGCGAUUUCCUAAUACUGCUAAUGUAUCAAAUGUUGUUCGUCUAAUACAUGAAAAUGUAAAAAAUCAAUCAAAUAAAAUGGAUUUUUUUCCAGUUUUUUCCAGUAUGGAGGAUGGUGUUGAGCUUUCAGAUCAUUUGCUCAAUCCCCGUUCUUUGCUUAACGUGGAUGGUUUACUUGAUGCGUUGAUAGCAGUCGUUGAAGAUUGUAGCUAUCCUUUGCUUAGAAAAACAACAAAAAAUAUCGAGAACUUCGUUUCUCGUUAUCAAGAAGCAGUUAAACAAGUAUGUCAUCUUCGUCUGAAAGGUUCCGAUUUUCAUUUGAUCAAAGUAAUUGGUCGUGGUGCAUAUGGUGAAGUACAGUUGGUGCGUCACAAUAUUUCACAAAAAGUUUACGCAAUGAAACUUCUUAAUAAAAGUGAAAUGAUCAGACGUGCAGAUUCUGCUUUCUUCUGGGAAGAACGCGAUAUCAUGGCUCAUUCAAAUUCAGAAUGGAUUGUUCGCUUGCACUAUGCUUUUCAAGAUUCUCGAUUUCUAUAUAUGGUGAUGGAGUAUAUGCCUGGAGGUGAUUUGGUAAAUUUGAUGACUUCUUAUGAUGUUUCCGAAAAAUGGGCUCGUUUUUAUACAGCUGAGUUGGUUUUGGCUUUAGAUGCAUUGCAUUGUAUGGGUUUCAUUCAUAGAGAUGUGAAGCCCGAUAAUAUGCUAAUUUCUCGGUCUGGUCAUAUUAAACUAGCAGAUUUUGGAACAUGUCUUCGAAUGGGUCCUGAUGGAUUAGUCAAAAGUAGUACAGCUGUGGGCACCCCUGAUUAUAUCAGUCCUGAAGUAUUGGAAUUACAAGGAACAGAAGGUGUUUAUGGUAAGGAAGUGGAUUGGUGGGCAGUUGGAAUAUUUGUUUACGAAAUGCUUGUUGGAGAAACGCCAUUUUAUGCUGAUUCAUUAAUGGGAACUUAUUCAAGGAUACGCAAUCAUGAAAAGGAGUUAAACUUUCCUGAAGAUGUAGAAAUGUCGGGUAAUGCCAAAGAUUUAAUUCGGAAAUUUUUAUCGAGUUCAAAAACACGAUUAGGAAAAAACGGUAUUAACAGUAUCAAUAAACAUCCCUUUUUUAUUAAUGACGAUUGGACUUUCGAGACAAUUUGUAAAGCUGUACCUCCAGUUGUUCCUGAAUUAAAAAGUGAUGAUGAUACAUCUCAUUUUGACGAUAUUGACAUAAAAGAACCAGAUCCUGCAGAUAAUUUUCAGAUUCCUAAGUCUUUUGCCGGAAAUCAAUUGCCUUUCGUGGGAUUUACAUAUUCAAAUGAGUUGGGGCCUAUUUCAAUGAUCUGUAAAAAGCUGACUAAUGGCUUUCAUGCUGGUGAUAGUAGUGAUAAGCUACAAAAUGCACUGGAUGAGUUAAAUCGACUGAGUUCAUUGGAUGAAAAGCUUGAGAACGAAAAGCGUCAGCUUGAGAAAGAUUUAACUUCAAGCUUGAUUGAAAUAAAAGAUUUAACAAGAAGAUUGGAUAUGGAGCGAGAAGAGAUGAAUCUGAAAGCGAAAAUGGUUUCAUCACUAGAAGAACAACUAUCAAUUAAAGGAAAAGCUGAAGAACGUGUAAAAGAUCUUGAACGGCAGAUUAUAGAAUUAACUGAAAAAUGUCGAUUUCAUGCUGAAGGAGAAGAAAAAGCUCGAAAAUUAUAUGCUGAAAUACAUACCAAAUUAAAUUCACAAUUAGAAUUGGUUCGCGAAUUGGACGAACGUUUGCGUAAAAAUAAUGAAGAAGAAAUUUCUUUUCAAGAAAAAAUUGAACAACUUUGUGCACAAAACAUGCAAGAGCGUGAAAAUUCAAGGCGUGCACAGCAAAGGCUAAACGAACAAAGCGAUAAAAUUGAAUCGAUGCGCAAUGAAAUUUCUUCUUUACGCGAACGCGAAAUGAAUUUGAAAUGUCAGUUAGGAAAUUUAAAUGAAAGUAUUGUGGCACAAAGGGAAACCCUUAAAGACGAGAAUCGCAUGGUCAACGAUGAAACCAAAAAGAAUAAUAUCCGGCUUAUUGGUGAACUUAAAUCAGCUCAUAAAAAGAUUGAACAAUUAUCAUUGGACUGGGAAGAAGAAUCACGUCGGAGAAGUUUAGCCCAAAACGAAAUACAUUUAAUAAAUGAUCAGUUAAACAACUUGCAGAGUUCAUUAGAAUACCAGGAAAAUGAACUGAGACGUACGCGAGAGGAAAAACGUAGAUUAGAAGUGCAGUUGCAAACUUUAUCAUCUUCAAAUCGUUUAUUACAGCGCCAACUGGAAGAUAUUCGUGAACAAUUUGAUACUGAAUCAUCUUUCGUUAAUAUUUAUAAAAUUGAAAUGAAUGCUAUCAAUGAAGAACUUGUGGAAAAAACAAGACGCUUAGAGCAAUUAGAGGAAUAUCAGCGACGUGAAGAAGAGCGGAUCCGUGAAAUGAUAUCGCAAUUGGAAAGUGAACGUUUGGCAAGGCGAAUAGCGGAAGAAAAUCUUUCAACCACUGAUAAAGAAAAGACUAUGCUUGAAGUUGAAGUGCGUCAGCUAGUUCAAAGGCAUGAAAAAGAACUGAGUGCAAAGGAUGCUGCUAUUCAGUUGAUUACACAAAAGGAAGAGGAAUUGCAACUUUCAUUACAAGACUCGCGACGAGAAUUGCUAGCAAUAUCGGAGCGUGAUCUUGACCUUCAGAGAACGCUUGGAUCACCAGAACAGAAAAUUAAAGAUUUGGAGGGUCAGUUAGAACGUGAGAAAAUGAUGAAAAUGACGGCUAUUAACAAAUUAGAAGAAGUUAUGGCCUACAGGCAACUGAAUGGAAAAUCGAAGAAGGAGAAAGUUAGUAAAGGUGAUGUAAAACGCAGAGAAAGAAGAAUUGCUGAUCUCGAGAAAGAUUUAAAGCUGGAGCGGCAGAAAUAUGAAGAACGCUUAAUGCAUUUUUCCAAAGAAAAUGAACAGCUAAAGAUCGCAUUGGCUGAAGAAGAAAAGUUAAAUGAAUCUUUACGUAUAGAAAUUGAAGCUUUCCAACAUUUGGAGAUGGUGAUGAAUGAACAGAAAAAGCGUGAACGAGGAACCAGUGAACUUCCAGAGCAGUUUAAUGCAACCUCGAAUAUUACACCAGUGCUAUCAGAGAAGGACAUCAAUUAUGAGGGUGCCGUCUCUAUUCGUCUUACAAUUAAAAGACGCCAUCAAUGGCAGGAAUGCUUUGCAAUUUUUAAUUUUUCCGGAUUAUUUUUUUAUUUAACUGAAAAUGAUCGCCAGCCAUUCCAGACGAUUUUAUCUGAAAAACUGUGUCACGCGCGACAUGUAAGUGCAGCUGAUGUUCGUUUCGCAGGAGAAAACCAACUUCCACGUAUUUUCCAGAUAUUUUACGGCACAGAAGAUAACACGUCAACACGUUCUUCAAUAAGCGACAUACCGAUCGGAAUUUCUGGAUCUCGUGAGGAAAAGCUUGAUAAAGCUUUAUGGAACCGUCAUGAUUUAAUUGAAUUAACGUUUCAUAUGCCUACAAAUUGUGAUCUUUGUGUCAGGCCACUUUCUAAUUUCUUAAGGCCUCCUCCAGCUUAUGAAUGCAAACGAUGUCGAAUGCGUUUUCAUCGUGAUCAUUUGGGAAAUGAAACAAUACCACAGUGUCGACAAACUGUCGAUGCUCGCGAUAUGCUUAUAAUGGCUCCAUCGUCCGAGGCUUGCGAAAUGUGGGUUCAACACCUAAAACGAUUUCUAGACUUCAAACAUGCGCAUAAAACGGUAAGGGAAAUCUUUCGUAAGUUUUCAAAGGGUUCUUCUAUUCCAAGAUCUGGUAGCUCAAUGAAAGUACCUAUGAAACCAACAAAUGUGCCUCCUCGCUCAGCCACACUUCCAAAUAAUUCACUUAAUGUACCGGUCUCUCUAUGA